AUGACUCGGGACCCCCUCUUUCAAUCGCCAAAGUUGACUCGGCCGCCGCCCCGAGAGAAGCGGCGAGUCGGAGAAGUGGCCGGCGGCGCGGCAGCCGAGUGCGCGGCGGUGUGUUGCUGCUGCCCGUGCAGUGUAAUGAAUUUGCUUAUAUUGGCGGUGUACAAGGUCCCGAAGGGGCUGUGCAUGAAGGCCUGGGCCCACAGGAAAAGGAAGCGACGGUGCGCGGUUCAGAAGAAGGGACGGCUCGGCGGCGGUGGCGACGACGACGACGACGACGGGAAGAGAGCGAGCGGCUGUACAGAAGGUGACGGAGAGAAGAAGAGCAACGCCGAAACGGAGGGCGCUGAUUUGUUGGAGAAGGAGAUGUGGGACCGAUUUCACGGUGCCGGAUUUUGGAGGAGUGCUUCCCGGAGAGAAUCGUGA